UCAAGGGCCACCGCCGACUCUCAGUUACACGGACAAUGUCGACGACUUUGCAGCUAAUUAUGUUGACCCUAGUGGGCGGAACAAUUGGUCAAGCCAAUAAUAUGGCCAGCUAUAGACAAGUGCUUGAGCCCAUUCUCAGCCAGCUGGAGGGCGGCCUGGAGCUGCAUUUGGGAAGAUUCCAGGAUGGAGAUCACGACUUUGUGCAGUUUCUACUGCGGCAGGGCACAUACUCGAUGCGCAUUAGUCGAACAUCGCAGCUGUCCGUCGCUGUGGCCCAUCAUAUCCUACUCUUUGCUGAUGUGGCGCAAAUGCAGCAGGUUUUCCCUCGCCUAACCAACAGAUGUGGCUUCUACGUGCUGGCCAUGGAGCGAACUGCGCCCGAGGACGAUCCACAAUUGCUGCAGUUUAUGACGGAGGUUUGGCAGCGUCACAAUCACAGUCAGAUCUACUACGUACAGCUGGACAGAGAUCGGCUGCUUUUGCAUAAUCCCUUCAGGCAGAGCAUCGUAUUGGUGGAAGAGCCACAGGCUUAUGCGAGGAUUUAUCACAAUCUCAAUGGCUAUCCCCUGAGGGUCUACCUCUUUAAUUCGGUCUACUCCGCUGUAAGGGGCGAUGGAACAACCGAAAAGGUCCAAAGCGUCACGGGAGCCGACGCCAAGCUGGCCAAAACGGUGGCAAAGCAGCUGAACUUCACCCCGGACUACCUCUGGCCGGACGACGAGUACUUUGGUGGCCGCCGAUCGGAUGGCUCCUACAGCGGCGGAGUGGGCUAUGCCCAUCGCCACGAGGUGGACAUCAUCUUUUCGGGCUUCUUCAUCAAGGACUACCUGACCACGGACAUUCAGUUCAGUGCCGCCAUCUACAUGGACGACCUGUGUCUGUUCGUGCAGAAGGCCCAGCGCAUUCCCCAGUCGAUCCUGCCGCUGUUUGCCGUCCAUGUGGAUGUCUGGCUGUGCUUCUUGCUUGUGGGUCUGUCGGGCACCGUCUGCUGGCUAUGCCUGCGGGCGUUGAACAGGGCCCUGGGCAUCCCCAGGAUAGGACGGAUUGGCAGGAACACAAAGGAAAGAAGUGUGAGCCGCUGGAGCUGCGCGAUGAGGAUCUUCAUCGACACGUGGGUGGUUUGGGUGCGGGUGAAUAUUGGUCGCUUUCCGCCCUUCCACUCGGAGCGCAUCUUUGUGGCCUCGCUGUGCCUGGUGAGCGUCAUCUUUGGCGCCCUGCUGGAGUCCAGUCUGGCCACGGUCUACAUCCGACCGCUCUACUAUCGGGAUGCCAACACCUUGGCGGACUUGGAUGAGUCCGGCAAGCCCAUCUAUAUCAAGCAUCCGGCCUUCAAGGAUGACCUCUUCUACGGCCACGACUCGGCGGUGUAUCGACGGCUAGACGCCAAGAUGAUGCUGGUGGCCGAGGGCGAGGGGCGUCUCAUUGACAUGGUCUCGAAGCAGGGCAAAUUCGCCGGAGUCACGCGCUCCGCCAGCCUGCAGCUGAACGACAUCCGGUAUGUGAUGACCAAGAAGGUGCACAAGAUACCCGAAUGCCCAAAGACCUAUCACAUAGGCUACGUCCUGCCCCGGCCAUCGCCAUACCUAGAGCAGCUCAAUUACGUGGUGCUGCGCCUUCUGGCCGGGGGUUUCGUGCAGCUCUGGACGGGGGAGAUGAAGGAGCGCGCCAAGUGGAGCAUUCAGAGGUUUCCCGACUAUCUGGCCCAGCUGGACGUGGGCCGUUGGAAGGUGCUGACCCUCUCGGACGUGCAGCUGGCCUUCUAUGCCCUCACCAUUGGCUGCCUGUUGGCCGCCUCCGUCUGUCUCGUCGAGAUGUAUUUCGGUCGCAAGAAGAGCAAAUAA